AGAGAAAACAACACAACACAGCAAACAAUUUGUUUGUAGUUGUCAGCCGGUCGGUCUGUCUGCCACUUCACAAUCAUCUGCUGACCAUGCGAUAGAUUAGGGAGGGGAGUGAGAAAAAAAGGCUGUACGCUUCGUUCUGCUAAUCCAAUUCCAUCAACCGACGACAUGGUGCAACGGUUAUAGCACGCGCACACCAUAUCCGGCAGUUAUUGAGUGCGGCUGACUUAUUAAUAGUGCGCUAUUCCUUCGCUGAACAACUUCUGAAUCCUCCGUGAGGGAAUCGGUUGCGUGGAGGUUGUGUUAUACCAACCACAUUGUGUCCUGCACCGGGAUUGAUUGAAUUGUUUGCUACAUUGUCGUACUGGUACGGUUUCAAGUUGCUUUUUAUAUAACCAACAAUGGAGAGUCUUAGGGAUGGUAUGCUUGUGGGACUCGGCAACCCCCUGCUGGACAUUUCGGCCGUGGUUGAGAAGGAUCUACUGAACAAGUACGACAUGCAGCCGAACAAUGCAAUACUGGCCGAACCGAAGCAUAUGCCAAUCUAUCAGGAGCUGAUUGAGAAGUACCAGGCCGAGUACAUUGCCGGUGGUAGUGUGCAGAAUUCGCUCCGCGUUGCUCAGUGGAUUCUGCGAAGGCCUCGUACGGCAGUAUUUUUUGGCUGUGUCGGUCAGGAUGAGUACGCCCGUAUUCUCGAGGAGCGUGCCACGUCCAGCGGGGUAAACGUGCAAUAUCAACGGUCAGCUACCAAUCCGACCGGUACGUGUGCGGUGCUGAUUACCGGCACACAGCGCAGUCUGUGUGCCAAUCUGGCCGCCGCGAAUGAUUUCACCCCGGAGCAUCUGCAAAGCCCGGCCAAUCAGGCGUACCUGAAGGGAGCACAGUUUUUCUACGUGUCGGGCUUUUUCUUUACGGUUAGCUUCGAAAGUGCGCUCAGCGUAGCAAAGCAGGCCGCUGACAAUGGUCGAAUGUUUAUGAUGAAUCUUAGCGCACCGUUUGUGCCGCAGUUUUACAAGAACAAUCUCGAAGAAAUAUUCCCAUUCGUCGAUGUGCUGUUUGGCAAUGAGACGGAAGCAGUAGCAUUAGCGAAAGAGUUCCAAUACGGUACGGAAGAUUUACGAACAAUCGGGAAACGUAUUGCGGCACUACCGAAGGAAAAUACUAAGCGCAAACGUGUGGUAAUAAUAACGCAGGGCAGCGAUCCGGUAUUGCUGAUCGAGAGUGGCACCGACAUCAUUCGUGAGUUUCCGGUACAUAAGCUAGCGCCGGAAGAAAUGGUCGAUACAAACGGUGCGGGCGAUGCGUUUGUCGGUGGCUUUCUAGCACAAUUGCUGCAAGGCCGCAGUGUCGAUGUGUGCAUCAAAUGUGGGGUUUGGGCUGCGAGGGAAAUUAUUCAACGAUCCGGUUGCACAUUCGACGGUGAACCUUCGUUCUGUGCCACAGCAAACUGAAGGAUAACAGGGAAAAGGUUUGAAAGCACACAACCCACUCGAAUACAUUAAAAAAAGACCUUUAAUUUUGUUAAGAA